CUUUCUGUAAGAUCUGUCAUGUGUGGCUGAACGUCAUGAGGAAAUACUCACUCUGAGGACAGCGCUGCCUGAAGACUGUGGUGUAUUGUCGCUGAACAGCCUGUCGAGGAACUGUUGAACUGUCUGCUGAUUUUCAGGAUUCCUCCUCUCCUUUUGUCGUUAUGUCACCGUCUGCAAUUUCGAGCUGAAAAAAAAAACAAGAAACCAAACUCUGAAAUAUAAACAUGGACACGCACUUUGAUCAGUCGACAGAUAAUGUCGCUUCAGUUGAAUCAACAGAUCCCCCACCGAGGAUGACAAAACAGCAGAUCCUCACCUUAUUAUCAAUGGCAUCUGUCAACUUUAGUUCAAUGAUCUGCUACUCGAUAUUAGGACCAUUUUUCCCCAAUGAGGCAGUAAAGAAGGGAGCCAGCCAGACAAUUGUUGGUCUUAUAUUUGGCUGCUAUGCUGUUAGCAAUUUAAUUGGAUCAUUGAUACUGGGAAACUAUAUUGUCCAAAUUGGCGCAAAGUUCAUGCUUGUUACGGGGCUGUUUGUGUCAUCGUUCUGCACCAUCCUCUUUGGAUUGCUCGACAGGGUUCCCGCAGGGACUGCUUUCAUAACACUGUGCUUUGUAGUGAGGUCCAUCGACGCUGUGGGCUUUGCCGCUGCAAUGACUUCCACUUUUGCCAUGACAGCAAAAAUAUUCCCGAACAAUGUGGCGACUGUUUUGGGUAGUUUGGAGAUGUUCACAGGACUUGGUCUUAUUCUGGGGCCACCGGUUGGAGGGUGGUUCUACCAAUCAUUUGGAUAUGAAGUCCCUUUUAUGCUUCUUGGAUGUUUCCUAUUCAUCAUGGUCCCUUUCAACAUUUACGUCCUGCCAACCAUUGAAGCAGAUCCCUCGCAGGAUUCGUUCUUUCGGCUCCUCUGCCAUGUGAAAAUAGUCCUGAUCUGCUAUGUGAUAUUCACUCUUAGCGCAGGUUUGGGCUUCUUGGAUGCCACAUUGUCCCUGUUUGCUAUGGAGGAGUUUGGUCUCUCCCCUGGCUACGUGGGACUCAUCAUGCUUGGUUUGUCUUUACCAUACUGUCUGGCUUCUCCACUGUUGGGAUAUUUUACGGAUAAAUAUCCUGCCACCAGAAGUUGGUUCAUGGUAAUCGGAGGUGUUGCCACAGCAACUGGCUUCUGUCUACUCGGUCCUCUUCCUCUCCUUAACAUCAAAAGGCAACUGUGGUUGAUGAUCCUCAUGCUUGGGGUAAUUGGGUUUUCUCUGGGUAUGACUGCAAUCCCAACGUUUCCUGAGAUCAUCACACAUGCUUAUGAUCAUGGAUUUGAUGAGGGACUAAGCACUCUCGGGAUGGUGUCGGGGCUGUUUGCUGCAGUUUGGUCUUUGGGGAUGUUUUACGGCCCAGUCGUUGGUGGACUGAUCACACAAUAUCUGUGCUUUGAAUGGGCAGCUGCAGUCCAAGGAGGCUUGGCGUUGCUGGCUGCCUUCCUCCUCGCUGUGCAUUAUAUCUGUAAACCCCCACAACAACAAAGCAUCCCAGAAGACAGUCAACAUAGAGACGAAAGCACUCCUCUCCUUAUUGAAUGAAGCCCUCAGCCACGUGUGGAAGUGUGCUAUACUGAACAAAACAAGAUCUUAAUGUUUUAUAAAGUUUUUGUAUCAUUAAUUGCUUUUUAACAUUUUAAAUUAUACAUAUUUGUUGUUGCAGAUAUUGUAAUAUCUUCUACUUGCAUCGAUGGAAACAUAUUUUAACAUAACAGUAUUGUUAUGUAUUUAUGAAAUGUUUAAAAGCUGUGUUUGUAGAGGGAUCUGACUUAAACUAUAUAAAGCAGUGUAUUACCA